AAAGUGGCUUUCACCCUCAAAUAAAUGGUUGGCAAUACCUAGCUAUUUUCAAGCAUGCGCCCUAGCUGUAGCAUACUUUCAGGAGUUGCAUGCAUAUUAAAGUCAACAUACAGCAUCCCUUCUAUUUUUUUCAUCAUCGAUCAAAAGUGAAGAAAUUGAAAAGUUUUAGAUAUUUAAAAUAAAAUUGUUUUAUAAUAAAACAAAAAUAAAGAAUAACAACAUGGCUGACUAUCAAAAUGUGCCUGGAGCUGGUGAUGACUUAAAUACCGAAUCUGUGGAGGUGUUACGCGAACGUUUGAAUACCAUGAAACGUUUGAUGGCCGAACGCACUGCCCAACAGCAGGAUAAUCCGGCUAGCACAGAAGAAAUUUGGUCCACACGACGUCACACAUCGACGGGCAUUAUUGAUGGUAACUUUUUGAGCAUGGCCUUUGGUGGUGCCCUGCUGGUGAUUGUUUCCGUUUCGGUGUAUGCUUUUUAUAAUCUAUAUCAUGCCAUACUGAAGAAAUUCCCCUCAAAACAUGAAGAAUUGUAGAGAGAAAACAAAACAUUUG